UCACUCUUCUAAUUUCUUAUUCUCUUUAGAUGGAGCAACUUGGAAAAGAAGAACACGUUUCCAUGACAAUAGAGAAGCAAGAAAUGUUACUCUCUUCUGAUUCCGAAGCUGAGUCUUCUAGUCCACCACUUGACAAUGACUUCAGGUCGUUCAAGAGAAAUGGGAUGAUCAAACUAGAGGAAUGUGACAAAGAGCAUGAUUUCAUUAAGGCAGGAUUUCUUAGUGGAAUGGGGCAAUUUGCAAAGGAAGUUGAAGUUGUGUCUUUACACAAGAAUUCAUGUUCGACUAUAUUAGGGCAAGCAAGAUUGGAAGGUUUUCGCAUUUACUCUGAAUCAAUGCGCAAGAAAUGCGGUGGAAAUGCCAAUAUCAAAUAUGCUUGGUUUGGUUCUUCCAAAGAUGAAAUUUGUAAUAUUAUAUCUCAUGGAUUUUCUACAACGACGGAACCAAAAUCAGGAGACUGUUAUGGUAUUGGCAUUCAUCUUUAUCCAGCAAAUAUCGACGGUGUAUUAUCUGCCGUGGAAGAUGAGAAUGGAUUAAGGCAUAUGUUACUUUGCCGAGUAAUCUUAGGAAACACGGAAGUGAUUGAGGCUGGAUCCACACAAUUUCUGCCAACUUGUGAAUAUUUUGACUCUGGGGUUGAUAAUUUAUUGGCUCCUAAAAGAUACAUAAUUUGGGGUUCCUACAUGAAUUCUCAUAUUUUACCAAACUUUCUAGUAAGUUUCAAGGUUCCUAAUUUCUUAUUAGGUAAUUCUUCAAAAAUCAAGAAGGUUCCGUCGAAGCCCACUUCUCGUAUAAAGUUUCAUGACUUAUUUCGUGUGCUUUCCAAGUUUUUACAUCCUUCAAGAACGGUUUUGAUCUCAAAAUACUAUGAAGACUUUCAGAGAAAUAAGAUCUCAAAAUUGGUACUGGUUCGCAAGCUAAGGCAAAUAGCUGGAGACACGUCAUUAAGAGCUGUUAUGAAAUUGUAUCCAAAUACUAUUAAGAGCUUGUUGCUUCCCCACAAAGGAAUGUGAUGGAUCAGCUAGUUCCAUGUUGUCGGCGUUUCAAGUGUGAAAACAUUCUUUCAUGAUAUUGAAUGACAAGUCUUUUACUUGUAAAUUGUAUAGAUAUUUGAUAUUCCCUUGCCAUAAAUUACAAUACAUAUUACUAUUUGAAAAUUGUUUAUUGGAUGAAUCCAUUUCUUUUCUAC